AUGAGCAAACCCAGUCACAUCAGAGAUGGUUUCCUUGGGUCAUAUACAGAAUGGCUUGUCCUUGGGCUACUGUUCCUCGUCGUCCUGCGAAGGAUUGCUAAGUUCAUUGACGAAGAAAGGAGGAUUCGGCGUCAUGGAGGGCACGCGUCGAGAUACAAGUCAUAUACGCCGUUUGGCGUGUUGUCCGGCUUGCAUUUCCUGUGGUCCAUCACCACUCAUGCCUUACAGGAUCAAAACCUCAAAUUCAUGCAUAACGCGUUUCUCCGAUCAGGCCAGGGGAAGAAGAACCCAUACACGUUUGAGGUCUCCUUGAUAGGGUCGCGUGCAAUUUUCACUGCCGAUCCCGAGAAUAUUCGAGCCAUGCUGGCAACUCAAUUCAGCGACUUUGGAAAGGGUCAGCGCUUCAGAGCAGAUUGGUUUGAACUCAUGGGAAAUAGCAUCUUCAACGUUGACGGUGACGCUUGGCAUGCCUCGCGCCAACGUCUCCGAUCUCUCUUCACCCGCCAACGAGUUAGUGACCUCGUCUGUUUUGAGCGUCAUAUCCAGGAUAUGCUUCCAGCAUUAGCUGGUGGCCAUUGUGUGGAUAUGAAGGACAUCUUAAGCAGAUUUGCGCUUGAUGUAUCGGCAGACUUUUCCCUCGGAAGACAGGUGGAUUCUCUGACAAGCGAAGAGGAUGACGCCGUCUUUGAAGCAUUUGAGCGUAUCCGCCACACUCAGUCCUUGAUUGAGCGAUUGGGCCCUCUGAACUUCCUCGUUCCGCGCCGCAGAUUCCGCAAAGACCUAGAGGCCUUGGAUAAGUUUAUGGGUCCCAGCAUCGAGAAGGCAAUAUCAAUGUCGGACCACGGAUGGACACUUCUUCAUGCAUGCGCUGGUGUCUCUCGAGACGCUCGGUAUCUGCGUGAUGAAAUGGUGUCGCUCGCGAAGAGUCCCGAGGUACUUGCCGAGCUUCGCCGCGAGAUCGAGAACAAGUUGGGCGUUGGUGCCGGAGCUCGUCUACCAACUUAUGACGACCUCAAGAGUGGACUAGACGGGAAUGACCCCGUAGGAGUUCCAUCGGGUACCCAGAUCAUCUAUUCCACGCAUAUCCUUCAAUUGCGAGAUGAUCUCAAUUCAUACAAGUAUCCACUCCAAGACUUCUAUCCCCGUCGAUGGGAAACUUGGACACCUCGUCCAUGGACGUAUAUUCCGUUCAAUGGUGGGCCGAGGAUAUGCAUCGGGCAGCAGCUGGCUCUGACUGAGAUGGCGUACGUCUUGGUUCGUGUGUUUCAACAAUACAGAAGUGUUGAAGUGAGACAAGAACCAAUGUCUAAAGAUUCGGAGUCCAUGGCAAUUGGCUGGGAGAAGAGAGGCACGGGGCCCGACUCAGUAGAGAAAUUUGUGAGGUCGAGGCCAUGCAUGGCAAGUGAGAUCACACUUGCGCCUCGAGGUAGUGUAGACCUAGUUUUCCGUGAGUAA